UGUUCCGUUCCUCUUCUCCUUCCUCCUCUUCCUCCGUUCGUCGUCUUCUGCAACUGCAACAAAGUUCCCUACGUUUCGUCUGAGAAAGCAGGGCAAGUGGUUUCAGUAACAGGCAGGACAUCUUUUUUUUUUUUUUUUUUUUUUUUCCUUUUUUAAUAGUUUUUCCCAAAGCCCAAUGACAUGAACAGCAGAAAAGACAAGUGAUGGGGUGAUGGUAUAUGUACAGAGCCUCCCCCUCACCUCCUCCCUCCCAUCCCCCACCACACGAGCGGUUCUCGGACCCCAUUUCCCCUGCCCAUUAACAGAGAGAGAGCGCGAGGAAGAGAAGGUGGAGGUGAUGACGACGAACCAAUCCAUCAGUCCUUAGAAUAACAUAACUACUCUCUCUGUCCCCAUUUUCAUUCCAAAUCUCGAAGCCGAUGGAGAUCAAAGAGACGGACCCAUCUGGGUCUUCUUCUUGAUCUUUAAGCUAAGAUGCUUUUCUGAUCGCCUCUGCGUUUCUGUUCCCCGACCAGUCCUUUUCCGGUUUGAACAGAGCAAAAGAGUUUUUCUUUUUUUGGCAGCCUUCGUAGGCUUUGUUCCUUUUUACAGUGUCAUUAGCCAUUACCAUUACAAUGAGUAAGACAGAGCACCUGAAGACACGGUUGGGCAGAUUUACCGGGUUCCAGGAUUUGAACUCCCUGCCUUCUUCACCUUAUAAUCCUCCUCUGCUCUCUCUCUACGGGGCCUUCCCCGGCGCUGCCUCUCUCGGCGAGAGGAAACCGGAAAUGACUGAGGCGGGUUUUCAGUUCUUGGCCCCGGCGAUGGGGCAGACCGACAAAGCUUGGGCCUUUGAGCCAUUGAAGAGCAGGGGUGGGGUCAAGACGCAACACGAUGUUGAGUCUGAUGGACAUGGCGGCAAGGCUGAUAAGACAACCGUGCGCCCGGGCCUCGACGAGGAGGACGAGGUUAAUAGGUGCUCCAAUGUCGGGAAAGGCGGUCACGUGAAGCUCUGCGCCAGAGGGCACUGGAGGCCUGCCGAGGAUGCCAAGCUUAAAGAGCUCGUGGCCCAAUUUGGUCCCCAGAACUGGAACGUCAUUGCGGAGCACCUCGAAGGAAGAUCAGGGAAGAGUUGCAGGCUGAGAUGGUUCAACCAGCUCGACCCGAGGAUCAACCGUAAAGCCUUCAGCGAAGAGGAGGAGGAGCGGCUCCUGACCGCUCACCGGAUGUACGGGAGCAAGUGGGCGAUGAUCGCGAGGCUGUUCCCGGGAAGGACCGACAACGCCGUGAAGAACCACUGGCACGUUAUCAUGGCGAGGAAGCAGAGGGAGCAGUCCAACGUCUACAGGAAGAGGAAGCUCCUCCCUCCUCACAUGGCUUUCGACGUGAAGCCCCCCAAUCGGAACACCAGCAGCACCGAGUCGACGAUCUCCAGCAACAGGGAUGAAUCUGCCUCCACUUGCACCAAGCUCUCCCUCAGCGCCUCCUCUGCCAGACCAGUUCCCGUCCUCUUUGGCCGGUCCGGUCCAGUCCAGAGGCUCCAGCCGUCGGACCCUCGGAUUGGUCCCCCGAACAAGAAGCCACUGCUGGCUACGGUGAACGGGCCAUCCGAUGACCGGUCCAGCGAUGACAGCAGGAACUGGACCCACUGCACGGGGCCGAAGAAGGGAUCCCGGGAGAACUCCGGAUCAGGGAACUUGGACUCGGUCUCAAACUCGGAAGUAUCCGGGGCGGAGUCGGUCACCACACACAACCUCAUCCUCUCUGGGCCCGAGAAGCAAGACCUGCCCUUCAUCGACUUCCUCGGGGUCGGCGCCACCUGAGCCCAGUUCCCAUCAAAACUAGAGGAUAUUCAUAGGAUAUAACAGACCAUGUUAAGAAUAUAUGUUUUGGGCAUUUUGGGUUGGUCGAGGAGCAUGGGAGUCGAAGCUUUAGUUCCAUAAAUGGGAAAAGUAGAAAAGCCAGAGAGAAACAGUGUGUGUGGGUGUGGUUGUGGCUGUGUUUGAGGUUAGGUAAGUGAUAGAGUGAUGGCAAUGGCGAUGGAUGGAUUGGGUGCAGUGAUGAGAGACUUCAAAAUCUCAGGCAGACAAGGGACUCGGGUUUUAGCAGCAGCAGCAGUUUUUGGUUAUUCUCUCUGCUAUGAAUGUCAUGUCACUGUUUCAGGCUAAGUUUGUAUGGGACCAGAGGUGGAAAAGUUUCUUCCUUUACUC